AUGCCGCCAGCUGCAUCGUCUACAAAGAAGUCACCGUCGUUGAAGCAGUUGACUACAAGGUUGAAAGAUACGCAGGCUUCGCUGCUUGAUAUCUGGAAUUUUAUCGAGGAUUUUAAGGAAGAUUCAACGGUAUCCCAGGUGAAUGUGCGACUGGAGAAGUUAGAUGAGUUAUGGGAGAGAUUUAGUGAGACGUUGGUGGAGAUCAAAUCCCAUGACGAUUUCACUGCGGAGGAGGAGGCAUAUGGCAAGGAAAGGCGAGAGUUCAACAACCGGUAUUAUGAAGCCAAAUCCUUUCUGAUGGACAAGGUUAAGGAGAGGGAAGAGUGCCCAGCAUUGGAACAGUCUACGCGAGGAUUUGAUACAUCGGUGCAUGGUGCGUUGGACCACGUGCGCCUGCCUCAAAUAAGGCUGCAGAGAUUCAACGGGGACAUCGAUGAUUGGUUGAGCUUUCGAGAUCUAUUCACCUCCCUCAUACAUUGGAAGGCCGAUCUUCCGGAGGUGGAGAAGUUCCACUAUUUAAAAGGAUGUCUUCAAGGGGAGCCUAAGAACUUGAUCGACCCUUUGAAGAUAACCAAGGCGAACUACCAAGUAGCAUGGGAAAUGCUGCUCAAACGCUACAAUAACAGCAAGCAGCUGAAAAAGCGACAAGUUCAGUCGUUGUUAGCGUUACCUACGCUCUCCAAGGAAUCCGUCGGUGAAUUACAUGCACUCUUGGAAGGUUUCGAACGUGUUGUGCAAACACUUGACCAGGUGAUCCAGCCAGCUGACUACAAGGACCUUUUGCUGGUAAACAUCCUUACAGCACGUCUCGAUCCGGUGACUCGAAGAGGAUGGGAAGAGUUUUCGGCGGCUAAUGAGCAGGAUAUCCUAGCAGACCUUACGGACUUUCUUCAUCGACGCGUUCGUGUUUUGGAGUCACUUCCAUCAAAGCCCAUGGACACUAGGGGUGUCCAGCAGCCUAAUCAACUUCCAAAACAGAAGCCGCCGCAAUUACGUAUCAAUUCCAAUACAGCUCAAGCGUCUGUGGGACGCUGUGCGGCCUGCUCAUCCAAUCAUCCGCUCUUCCAGUGUAGUACGUUCCAACGAUUAUCGGUGUCUGAUAGAGACGCCAUAUUGAAGACGCACUCUCUUUGUCGGAACUGUUUCCGGACAGGCCAUCAAGCCAAGGAUUGCCAAUCGAAGUACUCGUGCCGGAACUGCAAGGGACGCCAUCAUACCUUGGUCUGCUUCAAAUCAGGAAGAGAAAGGGAUACGAAUGGGUCAACGGACAAUUCGUCAUCCAGUAAGGAACCGUCUACUUCAACUUCCUCCCAAGUGGCUAACAUGGCAGCCACCAACAUUUCAACAUGUAAUGCUGCGCACGAAUCUUCCUCCCAGGUCCUACUGGCUACUGCGGUCGUCAUGGUGGAAGACGAUGAAGGUAACCAGUAUCCAGCACGUGCUCUUUUAGACUCGGGGUCUGAGAGCAACUUUAUCACGGAACGAUUGUGUCAGCGUUUGAAGGUGACUCGAGAUAAGGUGGACAUCUCGGUUCUUGGCAUUGGUCAAGCGGCAACAAGGGUCAAGCACACGAUUCGAGCUAUGGUACGUUCGCGGAUUUCCAAGUUCUCGCGAGAUUUGGGAUUUUUGGUACUCCCCAAGGUUUCGGUUAACCUUCCCACAUCAACAAUCAAAAUUGAUGCAUGGUCAAUCCCAAAUGGGAUCGAACUGGCCGAUCCCACCUUUUUCGAAUCCAAAGGGGUGGAUAUGGUUCUCGGAAUCGAGAACUUCUUCGAUUUCUUCGAGACAGGAAGACGGAUCUCGCUGGGAGAACAGCAACCAACACUAAAUCACUCAGUGUUCGGUUGGGUUGUUUGCGGUGGUGUGUUUAGUACGCUGGAUUCACUUCACAUUAACUGCAACGUAGCUUCAACUGAAGGUUUAGACGCAUUGAUGGAACGCUUUUGGGCCAGCGAGGAUAUCGGAUCUAGCAAGGCUUAUUCCCUGGAGGAAAAUCGUUGUGAGGAGCUGUUUCAGCAAACCGUUCGGCGCGAAGAAGAUGGUCGGUACACAGUCGCACUUCCCAAAAAUGAAGACGUCCUUCUCCGGCUAGGCGAGUCAAGGGACAUCGCCUUCCGACGCCUUCAGGGAACGGAACGCAGGUUGGCAAGGGAUGCCAAGUUGCGUGAGCAGUAUAACGCUUUCAUGGAGGAAUAUCUUCGGUUGGGCCACAUGCGGAAGGUCGAGCAAGCUACUCUAAGCUCGGUGCGACGGUGCUAUCUUCCGCACCAUCCGGUGGUAAAAGAGGCAAGUACCACCACCAAGGUGCGAGUAGUCUUCGAUGCAUCCUGUAAAACUUCUUCAGGGGUGUCGUUGAAUGAUGUGUUGCUGGUUGGGCCAGUAAUACAAGACGACUUACGGUCCAUAGUCCUGCGGUGUCGAACUCGACAAAUAAUGCUAGUUUCCGAUGUUGAGAAAAUGUUCCGCCAGAUCAACCUCCGUCCGGAAGAUAGACCGCUUCAGUGCAUCUUAUGGCGUGCACCUCCAGGAGAGGAGGUUGAGGUUUACGAGUUAAAUACCGUCACGUAUGGAACCAAGCCAGCGCCGUUUCUAGCCACCAGAACGCUGAAACAGUUGGCAACGGUGGAGGAAGGAUGA